AUGAAGUCCGUCGAAGUAUGGUGUUCUCAAUACGCGGCAUCUCCUCAAGCCCGCCAGAACCCUACGAAAUCAUCAAACCCCUUCCGCACUGGGUCUACCUUGCCUCCCACGCCCGAAGAGUCGGAUGCGUAUCUUAUGGAUAUGUUACGGGUGUGCAAGAAUCCCUGCCGUAUUGGCACCCGCAGUGGUAACGACGAUGAUACUCUGAACUUCGCGAAGCGCGGUCACCACAUGCUCCGGGCAAGUUUCCGCGAGCAAGAUGGCAAGAACUACGUCUUUGUUCUUGACGAAAGUGAAGGGUGGAAGGUUGCUAUUGGUCUGCAGCGUCUUAGACGGGGAACGCAGAUCAGGUCGUUGGGUGUACUCAAUAUGACUGUUACUGAUUGUCAGUCGGUCAUGGAGAACUUGGGAUAUGCCUGA